UAAAAUACCGCCGUUGAAGUUAAAUAUCACGUGACGAAAACCACGUGACAUAUUCUACUUCCGUUUGAAGAAGAAAAACAACAAAGAGCUGAAAAUUAAUAUUAAUGGACGAGAAAAGAGCUCCUGGCAGGUCAAAGCGACCUGUUAAACCACCUGACGACGGUAGCUGGGACUGUAGUGUGUGCACAUUUAAGAAUUCUCCAGAGGCGUACAAGUGUGACAUGUGCGAUGUCAGGAAAGGCACCUCCACACGUAAACCCAAGUUGAAUCCCCAGCUAGUAGCUCAACAGGUGGCCCAACAGUACGCUGGACCUUUGACACCACCACCCGGAUCUCCGAACCCCGAUGACGAGGAUCAGGACCGACUGUUCCCAGAUCCAGAGGAUGAUUUAUUUGGUCCACCACCUGCGCCCCCUAAGCCAGUAUUUAAGAAAGACAAAGGUUUAGCAGUAGUGAACAAAGGAGAAAAAUCAAACACACAAAUAACAAAGCAAAAUACACAACAGAGGCAGCAUAAACAAACAAAGAAAAAUACGAGGCCUCCUAGAUUGAAGAACGUAGAUCGAACGAGUGGUGAGCAGAUAGCCGUUACUGUAGAUAAUGUUACUGUUAUGAUAACAGAUUAUCAACCAAAGAAACGUAAACUUGCCACAGAAUUGACCAAAGUGCAGUCGGACAUGAGUGAUACGUCGAGCAAUGCUAGUAAUGAUAUUCACGAGGACAGACUCGGUAGUGAUAAUCAAACAUGAUGGUCGACAACAACAACA